AAGAAGCCACGAUGGUAAGAGCGCCACUUGUUCUAGUCUUGUGGCUAGCAUUAGCAGCUGCGGUCGCCCAGCAGGACGCUGGCGCUGGUUUAAAAGCAAAGAAGUUCGAUUGGUGGGAGCGUGGCAACUUUUACCAGAUCUAUCCUCGCUCAUUCAAAGACUCCGAUGGUGAUGGCAUCGGUGAUCUGAAGGGAAUAACGGACACAAUCGACUACCUCAAGUACAUCGGCAUUGAUGGCGUUUGGCUGUCACCGAUCUUCAAGUCACCGAUGAAUGAUUUCGGGUACGACAUCUCGGAUUUCUACUCGAUCCAGGAAGAGUACGGCACGAUGGCGGACUUUGAGGAGCUGGCAGCCAAGUGUCGUUCGAUUGGAUUGAAGUUGAUCUUGGAUUUCGUGCCGAACCAUUCGAGCGAUGAGCACGAGUUCUUCCAAAAGUCUGAGGAAGGCGUUGAGCCGUACAAGGACUACUACAUCUGGCACUCGGGGGUGCUGGAUGCGAAUGGUACGCGAGUGCCACCAUCGAACUGGAUCAGUGUGUUCCGGGGUAGUGCGUGGCAGUGGAGCGAAAAGCGUCAGCAGUACUAUCUGCACCAGUUCCAGAAGAAGCAACCGGAUCUGAACUACCGCAAUCCGGCCGUCGUUGAGGAGAUGAAGAAUGUGAUGCGCUUCUGGUUGAACAAGGGUAUCGCUGGGUUCCGUAUCGAUGCGCUGCCGUAUCUGUUCGAAAGUAACGAGAUCGAUGGUCGGUAUCGUGACGAACCGGAGUCAGGCUUGGAGCGGAACGAUCCCGACAAUCCCGCGUAUCUCGAGCAUACGGAGACGAAGGAUCAACCCGAAACGUACGACAUGGUACACCAGUGGCGCCAGGUUGUGGACGAAUACACGGCCCUUGAUAACUUUACGCGCAUCAUCCUCACGGAAGCGUACACUAGUCUCGAGAAUACGACUCGCUUCUACGGUACACGGGCCGCUCCGGGAGCACAGAUUCCGUUCAACUUCCAGCUGAUCAGCUACCUGACGAAGCAGAGCACGGGCCAGGAUUUUGCCGGGUUGGUGCAAAGCUGGCUGACCGCGAUGCCCAAUGGGUCAAUCGCUAACUGGGUGUUGGGUAAUCACGAUAACAGUCGUAUCGCUAGCCGUCUCGGUGUAUCCCGGGCCGAUCUGUACAACAUUGCACUCCAGACACUGCCGGGAAUUGCGGUGACGUACUACGGGGAGGAGAUUGCGAUGGUGGAUCAGUGGAUUUCGUGGAAUGAUACGAUCGAUCCGGCUGCUUGCAAUGCGGACGAGGCCACCUAUACGCUGUACUCGCGAGAUCCGGUCCGUACUCCGUUCCAGUGGAGUAACGCCACGAACGCUGGCUUCUCGAAUGCUACAAAAACCUGGCUUCCGGUGGCCGAUGGUUACAAGGAACUGAACGUGAAGAAGCAGUUGGCCGACCCGAGGAGCCAUUUGAAAACGUUUAUCCAAUUGACGCACUACCGGAAGAGGAGCCUCCUGGCGGAAGGAGAUUUUGAGUUACACGUCGUUGAUCGACAGUUGGUGCUGUACCGGCGUAAAGUGGCCCGAGUGGGUGAGGCCGUGAUUGCCCUCAACUUUGGUGAUCAACCGGUUCAAGGGUUGCAGUUGGGUAAAGUGUUUUCUGGCAUUCGAAAAGGAAGAAUGGAGGUGAUUGCUAGUUCGCUGCAAGUCCCAGUGGCAGCCGGAGCGAGGGUCGAUCCGGAAAAGCUGGUCUUACCAGCCAACUCCGGUAUCGUCCUGCAGCGUAUCAUCGGUCCGAAUCCUAUCGUCGCUUGAUGGAGAGAAGGAUAGCGUUUAAUAUGUAGCUGGUGGUGGGUUAUUAAGGUUAUUGGUUAGUUGCAUUUUAGGGGAAUAAACCAUUAGCAUUCAU